CUAAUGCCAUAUUAUACGUCAUCAAGCCAGUCAAAACACAUUUCCGAGCUACCUUUCUUCACACUUAACACAUCUUUUCCAUCUCUGAAUAUGGGUUCCAUAGACAAGGAAGUAGUUUCAGAGCUUCCCCCAUUUUUCCGUGUUUACAAAGAUGGCACUGUUGAGCGAACCAGAGGCUCUCCGAUUGUGCCUCCGUCAGCUGAAGACCCGGAAACUGGAGUCUCGUCCAAAGACAUAACUAUUUCUGAAGACCCCAGAAUCUUAGCCAGAGUCUAUCUUCCAAAACUCAGCGAACCCACCACUCAAAAGCUCCCAAUCUUGGUCUACUACCAUGGCGGAGGCUUCUGCAUUGAAUCUGCCUUCUCUUUAGUCGAAACCAGACUGAUGAACUCCCUGGUUAGCGAAGCGAAAAUAGUCGCAAUAUCAAUAGAGUAUCGUCUGGCUCCUGAAAACCCCAUACCUGGGAUUUAUGAAGACUGCUGGAGUGCUCUCCAAUGGGUUGCUUCCCAUUCUGUUGCCGAAGACGGCAGCUGCAUCAAGUCGCUUAAUCAGGAGCCAUGGCUAUCAACUUUCGGAAACUUUGAAAAAGCUUUCGUCGGCGGUGACAGUUCAGGAGGCAACGUUGCGCACAAUAUACUCAUGCGGGCCGGCAAAGAAAGCCUGCCUGGCGGUGUGAAAAUCUACGGAGGUCUUUUGACUCACCCGUAUUUUUGGGGCUCUAAGCCAGUUGGGUCAGAGCCUACCGAAAAUAGGGAUAAGAUUCCGUCUGAUCAAGUUUGGAGGUUUUUGUAUCCAACCGCGCCAGGCGGCCUCGAUAAUCCGAUGAUGAAUUUCUGUGCCCCCGAUGCGCCCAGCUUGGCUCAAUUGGGGUGUUCUCGGUUGCUGGUGAGCGCUGCUGAGAAGGAUGAGCUGUGGAACAGAUGUGUUCUGUAUUAUAACAUGGUGAAGGAAAGUGGGUGGCCUGGAGAGGUGGAGCUUGUUGCUGUCGAGGGCGAGGAACAUGCCUUCCAUAUCCUGAAUUAUGAGUCUGAAAAUGCCAAGAAAAUGAUCAAACGCUUGGCUUCUUUUCUUCUCAAGUAGACUCAUUCAUCAUCGGUUCCCCUUUCGCUUUCAAGAUUUUAUCUUUUCAUUGUAAUUUAGCGAUAAGCAUUUCACUGUUUAGUUAUCAGAUUGCAAUGACUUUCUUGUUAUACAGUAUUUGGACGCAAUGUUUUUAGAACCA